AUGAAUGUUGAUGACCAAACAUGUAAGCUAUUGAUUAUUGGUGGAUGUACAGCGAAGAGAGAAUCAGGAUGUUUAUCAAAUUUUGAGGAGCUGAGUAUUUCCGUUAAGGGAGAUCGGUUUGUCAUAGUAAAUGAAGGUUUAGGAAAUCUCUUGAAAUCAAGACGAAGCCCAUCAGUAUUCAAAUGCUUCAAUGGCAUAACUGUGUUUGGUGGUUGCUCCGAUGAAGGCAUCCAUGUAAAUUGUGUCGAAGUUCUGAAAGAGAAUAAUAAUGUUUGGCAGAGUAGUUGUUUUCCUACUCGUCUCACGAAUCAUAGUUGUGCUGCUUUCGUGAGCUUGGACGUACAAACUGGUCUCAUCAUAGGCGGAUAUGACGGCUUCGAUUGUUUGAAUGACUAUCAAAUAAUCAAUUUGAACACUUUCGAGCUUUUGAAAAGAGGACGAAUGCCGUUUCGUUUGAAAAACGCAGCGUCAGUGAGAGAGGAUGAAAACAUAUUUUUAAUUGGAGGAUGGGACGAACGCCGAACUUUGAGAACUGUUUACAGUGUUGAUGUUAGUAAUGCAUUUGAAGUGACGUUUUCAAUGAUUGGAUUAUUACCCUACGGAGUAGAAGGCCAUUCCGCCGUUACCCACAAAAAAGCAAUUUAUAUAAUUGGUGGCUAUGAUGGCUUUUCCGUCCUGAAUUCUAUUUUACGAUAUGAUGUGUUGAGCAAGGAGACUCAAAUUCUGCCAAUUGCUCUCAAUACGCCUCGCGAGAAUCAUGUGUCCACUUGUUUAUUAGGGAAAUAUAUUGUAACUAUAGGUGGAUGGUGUGGAAGGACUGCUCUAACUAGUAUUGAAGUAUUUGAGGUGCUUGAUCAAGCUCCGUUCUUACGACGGAUUGAGUGUAACGUAACCUUAGACGUUCCUCGAAAUCGACCAGCUUUAAUAUCUUUUCAUUAA